AUCAUUGAAAAAUAAAAUUGAAAGAUUAAAAUUAAAAAAAAAAGAGAAACCCGAGUGGAUUCGGUAGAAACUGCAACAAAAUUUAUUUCAGUGUUUGAACGUGUUUGCCCCUUAAGGGAAUUCCAUUUCCUCGCCGUCCAUGAUGAGUCGACAUUCGGCAUCGGCGGCCGACAUUCGCGUGUAACGGCUGUCAAACUUUCUUUUUUUUUUAACUUUUUUUUACCGAACCGCAAACGUCAAAACAAAGUGGUUUUUAACCAAGAUGUCGGAUUUGAAUGACGAUUUGCUCAGCUAUGAGCUGGCGGAAGGUGAAGAUCCGGCCCUUCUGAAUGAGGACGACCUGCUGCUGUCCGACGAUGGUAAGCUGGGGGAUUUUAGGGGGUUUCUUUACUCUCUGUGUGGGAGGCAAUAAUUCGGUAAGGGAAAAUCGAUUUUCGGUGCAAUCGGCGACGGAUGGUUGCAUCAACAAUCGAGUUAAAUUUCAUGCGGAGUGAUGACGUCUUGGCCUAAAUUGAACGUUCCUUGAAUUAGACGGUUGACCUAUAGGUAAUAAUUUAGGUGGACGCAUUAUGGGAACGUAACAGAAUGGUGGAAGACAAUAAAUCGUUUUUAUAUAAAUUUGACAAUUUUUUAAUCAUGAAUUUCAUGAGAAGUAAAUUAUAUAUUGGAAUAUUCGCGGAACACAGGCUAUUUUUGGGGCUCUAAAAAAACAAUGAAGUUAUAGAUUCUUCAUGGAACUGCAAAAACUGUUUUUUGUAUGAGUGUAUAAUCAGUUUAGUACUUUUAACUCGGCACCGUUAUGCUUAUUCUUUGACAGAUACGCGUAUUUCGAUUACCACUUGCAAUCUUCCUCAGUGUCAGUUAUCCACUACUGAUACUGAUGGACUACUGCAGGUUGUCUACUACCUGGAAAACCGGGAAUCCUCAAGGAAUUACAUUUCACAGGGAAAAACCUGGAAUAUUCAGGGUAUAUCUUGAUUACGCAAGGAAAUUUUACACCGAUGAAAAAAAACAAUAAAACAUUGGGUGGUACGAAUAAAAAGUAGUCAAUUUUAUUACUUGUAGUGUAGGUCUACUCAGAAAUCCACUACAUCAUGGGUCUGAAUAAAAAAGUUUUCGUUCAAGUUUGCGUUCAUUUAAUGUAUCCAUCUAGAAAAUCGGCUACAACGACUUCUACAGAAAUUCUCUAGAGAUUUACUCAUACCGUUUUUCUUUUUUAACCUGGGUUGGAACUGGAUUGGCGGAAAAUGUGUAAAUAAACAAAUGUCAAACAAACUAUAGUACAAGUGAAACCCAAGUCGGGUUGGGAUUGAAACUGUGAUCUCAUCCAGUUCUAACCCAGGUUGGAACCGGAUCAAAAAGAAAAACGGUAUCAGUUUUGCUCCCAGAGUUCCUGUGGGUUUCUACCAGGAUUAUCCCGGAUAUCAAGAUAUACCGCAGAUGUUGUCGCAGAAUUUUUGUUACGAGUUUCUCUCUGGAUUCCUCUUGAAAGAUUUAUUCCUGGGAUACCUACUGAAGCUCCUUCAACGGUUUUAAGGAGUGUUUCACAAAUUUUCUGCAUGAAUUCCUUCCCGGAUUUCUCCCGAAAUCCCUGUGUCUCCCUGUAUCUCUACUGUAAUUUCUGCAAGAAAUUUCCGAUAGCAUUCUUCUAGAGUUUCUUCUUGGAUUUCUACAAAAGUUUCAGCUGGUAUAUUUCUCAUAUUUCUUCUGAGAGAAAGAUUGCUUCCAGUGUUGAUCCUGGGAUGGCUCUCAGAGUUUUUCAGAACUUAUCCUGCACUUUCUUCUAAGAUGUUUUAGAGAGUCUUCUGUUUGGUUUGUCUUGUUUUUGUUCUGGAGUUUGUGCCGUAUUUUUUUUCGGAUAUUUACCAAGCCUUUUUCCUGUAGUUGAUCUCUGGAAGAAAUCCCUGGAAGAACUUCUGCAUAAAUCCCUAGAGAAACUCCAAGUUGGAAAACUAUCCCAAAACCACUAAGAGAAGUUCCUGGAAGAACUCUGGAAAAAAAAAUUAGGAAGCUCUGCGAGAGGAAUCCAGCGAGAAACUCUGGAGGAAAGUCUGGGGGUACAUACUCUAAAAACCUCGAAAAAUCUGAAAUUGUGAAAAGUCUCGGAAGAAGCUAUUUAUGGAAGCGAAUACGAAAAACCUCUGGAUAUACUUGGGAAAAUUGGAGAAAGCUAGAGAAGAAAAAUCUUUGAUAAUUUUAAGGAAAAACUGUGAGCUGAGGAAAUGAUUUUUACUGAUUGAACUCCUGAAUGUUUUUUUCCUGAUCUUUAGAGCAUUUGGGUAUCAUUGUAGGUGGAAAUUUCAAAGCAUUUUUUUGCAAUUUACCCAAAAGAACUAUGGGAAAAGUUAAAAAAUAUGCCUCAAACGAUUUUUGCAUUAUAUUUGAAAGAGUUUUAUUCACUCCUAGUCGUGCACUCGCAGGGUGAAGUCGAUCAUCGCUCUUGCUCCGGUUCGCGUUAAUAUUUAGCUUUUUUCCCCACAUUAUCGUUGUGGUUUUUUGCUACCGUAUCGCGAAUUACAACGUGCAUUGCGAGAAGAAGCUAGAAUAUCUAGCAGUUUGUUUCCCCGGUUCCAAUUAAUUGACCCGGCCCGAAAUUAGUUGGGAUAUCAGCAGCGUCACCAACAAUCGCCGCAGCUGAGUACGACGACGUCGACAAGCAACCCAACGAAGCCCAUCAUCAUCUCCAUUGUGGCUGGCGGCUUUGUUUGCUGUUUUGCCGUGCCACAGCUACCUAUGCAGCGCAGCAGCAGUGAGGGUACCACAAAGCAAUAGCUCCCGCAGAAUAAUUUCACAUUGGAUGCUGUAGGUAUUACAUUCGUUUGCUAUCUUUUCGCCCGCACUGCCCCCCUCUACCCUCUUGUCAGAAGGCUAUCGUGCACAGUGGUGCACUUACGGUUUUUUUCUAGUUAUAAUUUUUUUUUUUUCUCUUCAAUUUUUUUUUAUUAUUCAGGUUUUUUUUUCGCUGAUUUUGAUAAACAGUAAAUAACAGAAUAUUUAGUGUGGCAUAGAAAUACGGCCAACUUUUUUUUUUCUUUUUUUUUCGUUAUAUAUUUUUUUUCGUUACAUUUUUUUUCUUGUUAUUACUUUAUUAUUAUCAUUAUUAUUAUUAUUACCAUUUUUUUUUUAUUUUUUUUUUUUUUUUAUUCAAAUCUUGUAUAACUACCUAGUUUUAGUUAUUUUCCUCUGGAUAUUGGUAUCAUGUAUUAAUUAUUGUUAGGUUGUGUGAGUAGUCCAACUAGUGCCUUGUUUCCUUGUGGUAGAAAAAUAGGACCGCAUGGAAACAAAUGAUACUGGCGGGGAUUCGCCCGAAUUCGUUUUUUCAUCUGAUGACGAGCCAGCUUCAUGCCAGUCCACGGACUCAAUAGUCCAAACCCAGAACCCAGAGACCAUGGAUACUGAAGUAAAUGGAAAAGCUACUUCUUCCCUGGUAUCUCAAGCAGCUUCUGCUCAUCCUGGGAAUAUUCCAAUGGUUACGCUGGUGAACGAAACACGGCCAAUAGAGCAAAAUCUGCUGAAUAGUCUGCCAUCUCAUUUAAACCAAUCCCCAGUAUACCCCUCUACUUCUGAUUCUUCUUCUAAUCCGGCGAAUCCCCGUCCAAAAGUUUACCCACCCGGAUCUAAGGGUCCCUUUCUGGUUUUCUUUCGGCCCAAGCCGAACGGAAAAAAACUUAACAAAUUACAAAUCGCAAAAGAUCUGGAGAAAUCGUUUCGAGGCAUCCUUGAGGUUGACUCACCAAGUCGCGAUAAAUUGCGCGUUACUGUAAGCGACCGCGACCAGGCGAACAGGAUUGCUAACUAUGAGCUGUUUUCGAGGGAGUACAGAACUUACCUGCCUAGCCUCGAGAUAGAGUGCCAUGGAGUGGUCACUGAAGAUAGUUUGACUCGUGCCUCCAUCUUGGCUGGAGCUGGUGGGUUUAAAAAUCGUGCCGUCCCACUGGUUCCAGUACUUGAUGCAGUUCAAAUGAAUAAGGCACAACCCGACGGCUCAAAAAAACCGUCACAAUCUUUUAGGGUGACCUUUUCCGGCUCGGCUCUACCAAGCGUUCUCGUGGUUGGGCUCCUUCGUUUACCUGUUCGUCUCUACGAACCGAAGGUCAUGCACUGUGAAAAGUGCCGGCAGUUGGGCCACACCGCACUCUAUUGCAGCAAUAAACCACGUUGUGGUUUGUGUGGAGAACAACACGCUGAGGGCCCCUGCAAUAUGGGGCCAAAAUGUGCUACAUGUGGCCAAACGCCACCUCAUGAUAUAAGUGCAUGUCCAAAGUACGUAGAGCGGGAGAAACGUUCUAUAAACUCUUUGAAGCAGCGGUCGAGGAGAUCAUAUGCAGAAAUGCUUAAAAAUAUCACCUCGGCUGCUGUACCACCUACCCAACCUCCAACUAACAAUAACAUAUUCGCAUCUCUGCCAGAUGACGAUCAAGGUUCUGACUCUGAGGGAGGUGGAGAGUACACUAUAAUUGAGACAGGAACGAAAAGGAAGCGUGCUGUUGCAAAACGGCACAUGCAACAGCGAGCUUCUCAAAACGUUCCUGUUGCUCAACCAACUCUUCAAACCCCUCUGGUAAAAUCAAGAAGUGGCGGAAAUACCAAAAAGGUAACGCCUCCAGGUUUUAAAUUUUCGGCUGGAGAUUUUCCGUCACUUCCGGGUGCAUCUAAAACCCCAGUUGCUCCAGUUUUUCGCCCAGAAAGCCAACAAACAAGUCAUCAGGAACGCCGACCGAAUCCAGUCGACCUAUCCGGGAAAUUGACUCUUUCUGGGAUAGUGGAUAUCAUCUUCGAAACGUUGAAUGUCUCACCCACUAUUAGAAGUUUGAUAAAUAUGGCACUUCCUUUCGUGAAAACUCUUCUGAAGCAUUUAGCUUCAAGAUGGCCGAUUCUUGAAUCUUUCAUAUCUUUCGAUGGCUAAUUUGUCCAGUGAGGUCGGAGAUAUGAUCGAAGUACUACAGUGGAAUUGUAGAAGCCUAAUAAAAAAUAUGGAUGCGUUUAAAUUUUUAGUUCACAGAACACGUUGUGAUAUAUUUGCUCUAAGUGAAACAUGGCUAACUUCCGAUAAAGAUGUCUCUUUCCACGAUUUUAACAUUGUCCGUCGUGAUCGAGGGGAUGGAUAUGGAGGGGUGAUCUUGGGGAUCAAAAAGCUCCAUUCCUUUUAUAGAAUUGAUUUCCCCCCGAUGAACGGCACUGAAAUAGUUGCAUGUCAUGUUACUAUACAAGGGAAAAGUUUUAGCAUAGCCAGUGUAUAUGUACCGCCCAGCACAAAAGUAUCUCGAAGAGAUCUUGCGGCUAUAUGCUGUGCUAUGCCGGCGCCAUGGUUGAUCCUGGGAGAUUUUAACGCACACGGAACAGCCUGGGGGUCUUCCAAGGACGACAAUCGUGCCACCUUGAUAUACGACCUCUGUGACUAUUUCAACUUGACAAUUUUGAACUCCGGGGAAGCAACGCGAAUUAAACCUCCAGAUCCUCCAAGUAUGUUAGACCUCGCAAUAUGUUCGAAUUCACUAUCAUUGGAUUGCACGUGGAAUGUAAUUCAGGAUCCCCAUGGUAGUGAUCAUCUGCCUAUCAAAAUUUCGGUUACCAAUGAUGCGUGUCAGGCUCGCCAGAUCGACAUCGCGUAUGACCUCACGAAGCAUAUUGACUGGG